UCUCGUUCAGGGCAAUGUAGUACAUGUUAUGAGUUUGCAUAUUUGAUAAUUUUAGACUUUUUCUUAACACGUUUUGCUCUGUUAAAGAUGCCGGUGUCAUAUUUUUUAAAGAAGCCCUUUUUCUGUGCAAUUUACAAGGAUCGUAUGGACCCCCAAGCUGAAUGGGAAGCAAAGCAUGGUAAACCGAAGAAAAAAAAGCAGAAUGCCACAAAGACUGGGGUUGAAAAAACCACGGAUGUAUCUCGGUUCGAUUCAGAAACAGAAUUAGUGACAACACCAGCAUCUUUUCCAGAACCCGAUGAAGUUAGUGCAAACGAGCCCACGGAAGACCAAAACGUAUACGGUUCGACGCCGUUCAUAAACGCCGAUAGAUUGUCUCCUCUGUCGGAACAGUGCAAACCAUCCCCCACCACUGGAAAAAGACUAAUGCGAUGUUCCAGGGCUUCGCAACUACCAGAAAAUGCCAAUAAAGCAGACAUCCAUCUAUGCAAAAACAACAGCGGCCAUUUUUCCUCAAUUGCACAAACCGAUGAAUACAAAAAGCUUUUUGAAGGAAACAACAACAACCAAUAUGGCUACGACUUGCAAAAGCCUGAACGUGGUCUGGACACCUUUCUUCCGAAUCCGAAAAACAACAAAUAUUCUCCUAACUUACCACUACAUGAGAGCGAUUCGGAUAUACGGAUGAUUAUAAAUAGCUACGCCCGACCUCCUAUCGUUUCGGAUAGUUCGGAAGCCGAUAUGUCCAAGACUGAAUGUUUUUCGUGUUUUUCUAAAAAGUUUAGGUCCAAGCAUCGCCAAGACAAACCGCGCCCACGGGACGUGGAUGCAGACGUCGAAGACAGCGUAUACCGGGCAACUCGAGACUGUGAGUACGAAGCCAGCGAGAUGGAGACGAAACAAGCGAAUAAUUGUAGCAGAAAUAUGAUGGCCGCCCAGUCUCCGAGUGAUCACGAUCUGUCGUCGUCGAGCUCGUUCGUCACGGAAUCUUCCAGCUGCGAUAUAGUUUCCGUCCACACUGCCAGUCUCGCUUUCAAUGAAAAUGCUUCCAGUUUGGAUUUGGUAAACGACCACAGCGAUGUAUCUGACAGGAUGCCACCCAGUUGGCACGAGUCGAUUCAGGUACCGUCUCACCUGUCUAGGAACAACUGCGGCACGUUUCCCCCCAUGACAGAAUGCAUCGUCCAGAGCGUUGAAACCAGACAUCAGUUACCUAAUCUUUCAAACGGGGUCAAGGCCGAUACCGACGUCCCCGCCAAGGGCUACGAUGGCGAUGUAAGCGGCGGUUUCGUUAGUGGACAAACGAUUGGAGCAGAUGGUUCACGUCUGCCGAACUUGUUUCGAGACGCCCGCGGUAAUGUCGCGCGGAUCCUCGUCGUUUAUGACAACAACAAGAUGGAGCUAGUCGACGUGGACAGAGAUCUCGACAGACUGGUCAGCGCCACGAAAGACCAGCCCUUCCAGUCGGAGAGCCUCGACCAGGUUCUAGAGCACUUCUCCAGCCUGCCAAUCGACAAGAUCGACCACUACUCCAAACUGGGCGAGUAUAUCAGGAUGCUCAAGCGUGAAGACAGAAUGAUUGACGUCAUUGUGCAUAUAGGGAAACAGCUUUUCUCAGCCCACCGCCACGUCCUUGCCUGCUUCAGCAGAUUUUUUGCCGACAUCUUGGGAAAUAUUCCCAACAAGCAGAAACUACCCAUAGAACUAAAACUGGAGAACGUUACCGUGGAUGCCUUCCAGUCAUUUCUGCAAUACGUGUACACCGGUGACGUCGAUCUUAACUGUGACAACGUCGGCGAGUUGCUUCUAGCGGCUGAACAGCUUAAGGUUCCCAACUUGCUAAAGAGGUGUCAGCGCUACAUGGAGAACGUCGACCCAUACCAGGCUCUGCACAUCCUGGGGCACGGCGCGGAGAAGGACACGUCGGUCUUCAACCUCGCCUUCAGCACCGUCCUGGCGCACUACGUCAGCCUCUUCGACGCCGACGACUUCGUCGACUUGGACGUGGACACCCUCUGCAAGAUCCUGUCGCACGACGACCUCGUCCUCAUCGCCGAGCUCGACGUCUUCUGGACCGGCCUCAAGUGGGUGGUGUACGACGUCAACCGCCGCCUCACGCACCUCACCCGGGUCAUGAAGUGUGUCCGCUUCCCGUUCAUGUCGCAGGCCGAGCUCAUCUAUUGCGUGACGGUCACAGACCUGCUGAGAGCCGACCCCGCGUGUCGCUCCAUGAUUCUCACCUCUAACUGGUUGUUAAUGUGCCAUUCUUUUGGCAAGAACGACCCUCUACGUCUCCCCCGACCCAAUCAACGCAACUGUAUGAUAAAUAAUAAACGAGAUAUGGAAGCUGCAUUCAAGCUUCGAGACAAGCGGUGGAGCAACAUGUCGAUUCAGAUAUCGAGGAUGAUGUCUGACCCAGCCUUCCAGGAAUCAAUUAGGGUUCAGUCCCAAGCCGAACUGGCAGCACGAGCCAAUGGCAGCAAACCAGGAUCAAACUCUGGUCCGGAAUUUGAACAAAAUUCAAACAUGCCGGUAACAGACGAUUUCCUUCCAAGUGUCCAUGAGCAAAAGUUACAAGUCAUGAGAGCGGAGAUUCCGGACAGUACGUUUACCUAUGGUUAUCAUAAGAAUGUAAUGAAAUCAGACAGUGCGAUUGGCUAUGGUUAUCAUAAGAAUGAAGAAGACAUUAUGGCAGCAGCAAGCAGAAUAACGUCGAGUAUUAAAUACUGUUCCAAACCAGCCUUGGAGGACAUCUUGGUUGUUGGAGGGUUUAAAAACGUCGACAAGAAGAAGGAAGUGAUUCAGGUGGAGCGCUACAACUCGACCACUGACCAGUGGAAUCAUUAUGCUGGCUUACCGGAACCGCGUCAUCACCACGCAGUCGCAGUUCUCCAACAAAAGCUCUUUCUCGUAGGUGGCUGCGAUCCGCGGAAGUCGCGGAAGAAUCCCGUUGCCACGAACACGAUGUUCAUGUACAACCUGGAGGAGCGGGAGUGGUACAAGAUGGCGAACAUGAACGAGUGUCGCAUGCACCACUCCGUCUGCAUCGCCUUUGGAAUGCUUUACACCAUCGGAGGACAGGACGAAAGAAAUCGCGUGCUGUGCUCGGUCGAGUGUUUCGACCUUAGGACCAACUCGUGGUCGUACGUGGCCCCGAUGAGGACGGCCCGGUGCGGCAUGGGCGCCACGGUUCACGACGGCUACAUCUACGUGGCCGGGGGGUUCGGCGAGCCCCACGACAAGAAAUCGCGCAUGCCAGUGUUGAAUCAGAUGGAGAUAUACAGCCCCAGGACAAACAGGUGGACUGAUGCAUGCCGCCUGGCUAUGCCGCGCUGUUACGCCAACCUCGUGUCCGUGGAAAACCACCUGUACCUGUGCGGCGGGGCCACGCGUAACGGCGGCCCGGCAGACAACCUGCCCCUGGUGAGCGUCACCCAGGUGGACGUGUACGAUCCGUUCGAGGAUCGCUGGGACGCGUGCACAGACCUCUUCCAGGCACGACACAACGCCGGGGCAAUCGUCAUGGGAAAUAAAAUCUACAUCAUGGGCGGCGUGUCUUCUGAACAGAACGACACCCUGCAGACGAUCGAGUGUUUCGACACCACCACCCGAACGUGGGACCGCUCCAUCACCAAACUGCCCCACCCUGCCACGGGCAUUGGGUGCGUGUCGGUGCCAAUCAGGUCCUUCUAAUCGAACUAACGAAGCCGUGGAGAAAAAGAAAAAUCAUUGAAGAGGAAUGAAACAACUAGCGGCGACUUUUAAGAUAAUAGAUUUUUGGAGGAAAAAAAAAGAGGAAAAAAAUUAAUUCAAGUUGGAAUUUGUUAUUUUGUAAGUUAGGUUAAAAACAAAAGUUUUAGUAUUGAUGGGUGUGUUGACAGGUCUGUUUAUAUACUGAUAUAUUGAUGUGGGCAAGUCAUUUGGUACCGACAAUACUUUUUAUUGUUGGUGGUGAUAUGGAUAAAGUCCGUUUAUACUGGUACUGACGUAGGCAAGUGAUUUUGUACUGACAAUGCGGUUAGUGUUGAUAAAUGCGUAGAUACAAAAGUCUGUUUAUACUAAUAUUGAUAUGGGCAAGGUGUUUUGUUUUGUUUGUUUUUUACUAAUACUAAUGUGCAGGGCCCCGUUCCAUGAAGCGAUCUUAGCGCUAAGACCACCCUAAUGCCGGCGCCACACCAAUACGGUUUCGCCAAUGCGCAUCGAUAUGCGCUUUGAACUGGACGAGAAUAGAACUGGAAAUUGAUUAUGACGCCGUUAACAUACCGGGCGAUAAAAGCGCAUUAAAGCGCUUUGGAAUGUGCUACACCAAAUACGGUUCUCAUGUAACAGGAGGGUUCUGUUGCUUUCAUAUGACGUCAGGUAAUUUACCUGUCUUUUUGCUUCCAUAUGAUGUCAUCCAGUUUUCCUUUACCUUCAAAGUACCAUAGUAACCUGCAAAAUGGGAAUGUGAAUGGCCUGUAUCGCUUUCGUACGACGUGACGUUAUAAAUAGAACUGAACUGGAAUGGGUUCAAAGCGCAUUGAAGCGCUUCGUAACCGAAUUUGGUGUAGCAGCAACAGGUAUUCAACCGUAUUCAAGCACAUUGAUGCGCUUUGGGUGUUUGGUGUAGCACCAAUGUAAGACUGCUUCGUGGAACGAGGCCCUGACGGAUAUGCAGAUAGUUUGUUUAUACUGCUGGUGAAGCGGGCAAGUCAUUUUAUACUGAGUUUUGUCGGUGCAUACAGUGAAGUCGUCCAGUUUGCUUUCACUCAUACUAAUGUUGGCAGCAUGCUUUAAAACAUAUCCAUAUUAUUUACAGUUAUUGUUUCAUUUCUUGCAGUUUUGUGCAAAAUUCACGUUGAUUUGGUAGGAAAUUUUCGUUUUCUGUUAAACACACGCUUUACAUUUUGUUGUAUACGUUUGGCUGUUUCACAACUGAUCACAUCGCUAGUUGUGGUCCGUCUCGUCGGACCAGUCCGUGUCGCUUUGUGUGGCCAACUGUAGGCAAAUAAUUAAUUUUAUUUGCAGUACUGAUGGGCAAAGUUCAAAAAUUCGGAUGUAUCGUACUACAGCUUGACUUGUAUACGUCAUCACUGUAUGCUACAAAACUUUACUGUUUUGCAUAGCAUCAUUGUUUACGUCUGUUGUUUCUGUGAAUACUGUUUUGCCUUGCACACUUGUUUUAUUAUGUUUAUAUAUAUAUAUAUAUAUAUAUGAACCAUUUUAGUUGUGAAUGUUUAUAAUAUAAACAUUUGUAGAACAUGCACGUGAUACUAUUAAGUUUUCUUACUUAACCAUUUUAUAUAAACAUUUGUAGAACAUACAUUUCAUACUAUUAAGUUUUCUUACUUAAAUCAUUUUGGUUAUUUUUCUUCUAUAUCAUGUCUUGUUUCUGAAAAGGUGUUGUUUUUUGUGUUUUGUAAGGGCUAAUUAUAUGGUAUUUAUGCUUUUGAAUUAAAAUUGUGUGGAUACGUCUGUUGGUGCUUUUGACGUGGGCAGUGUGUUGAUUAUACUCAUGCGGGCACAAGUUAUUAAUGGUAUUGAUGCGGUCGAAGUUUGUUGAUAAUACUGAUGCAGCACAGUUUAUUGACACUACUGAUGAGUCGUAAUUUAUUGAUGAUGCUGAUGUGGGCACAAAUUAUUGAUAAUACUGAUGCGGCACAAGUUGUUGAUAAUAAUAUGGUUUGAAGAUUACUGAUAUGGUUUGAUGUGGGCAGUUUGUUGAUAAUACUGAUGCGGCACAAUAUGCUGAUAAUACUGAUAUGGGCGCAGUGCAUUGAUGAGACUGAUGCAGCACAAGCUGUUGAUGGUAUUGAUGCGGCACAGUUUAUUGUUGGUACCUAUGUGGGCACAGUUUGUUGAUAAUAUACUGUUGGCACCCAUAAUGGUAUAAGCGCGAUUGAAUUUGUUUAAUCCAGUAUGAAUAUGUGCAGCAUGCUUUACAGAUAUCCAUACAAUGCUGAGUUAUAUUUUCAUUUAUUGUUAUUGUGUGCAAAAUCAACAUUUAUUGAUCAUUGUAUUAUUGUUUUGUAAUAAACAUCUUUGCAACUGUUGUAUGUUUAUGUCUAAAUAGUAAUUGUCUAUAUGGCGGCUGUGUUUAUUUAUAAUCAUGUUGUCUGGUCUGUUGGGUUAGUGUUGGUUUAAUGUGGGUGAUUGUGAUAGGGUAGUUAUGCUGUGUGCUAUAAUGAAUGAUACGUGAGUUUGUGUAAUGAGCGAUGGUCAACGAUUCGAAUGUAUAGAAUAUGUAUCUUUCACUAUUAUCUUCAUUAAUUAUUGUUUUAGAAUUCAAUCAAAUGUCUUGCAUGUGUCUGUCGUCUUUUUUAAUACCUCGUGUACUUUAGUAUUUUUAUCCUUACUAAAUCGUAUGUCAGUUAUUUGUGGUAGAUAAUGAAUAGGUUCAUAUUUCUGUCGUUUUGAAUAGCUCGUGUAUUUUAUUAUUUUUACUUGUACUAAAUUGUAUAUCAGUUAUUUGUGAUAGAUAAUGGAUUGGUUCUUUUAUAUGUCUGUUCUGAAUGAAAGCGUAAUUAUGUUCAAUAAUUUGUAUUAAUACAAUGCUUAAUUAAAUAUUGCAUUCAUUUGA